AAUCUUUCUUAUUUCAGGUUCUUCUGCGUUGCUGACCAAGUGAAGGUUUACACCAACCAGAACAAAACCAGGACCUUUAUUGGCUUGGAGGUCUCCGCGGGGCAUUUCCAGCUGCUGGAGCUGGUCUCGGAGGUGGACAGAGUUCUGGAGGAAUUUGACCUUCCCACAUUCUACAAGGACCCGUCAUUCCAUAUCAGCUUGGCCUGGUGUGUCGGGGACCUGUCUGGCAGGCUGGAAGGGCAGUGUCUGCGGGAGCUCCAGGAGAUUGUGGACAGGUUUGAGGACUCAGCACUCCUGCUGCGUGUCCAGUGGGAACAAAUCCGCUGCAAGUCAGGGAACAAGUACUUCUCCUUCCCCUUGAGGUAG